UCAAUAUCUAGUAAGACUAUCUGGAAAAACUUAAUAAAGAAUUUAAUUGCAAUAACUGAAAGACAAAAUCUUGCUUGGAAUUUGAAUAUCUAUAACAGUAUUCAAAGAAAAUCUAAUUCAAUGUUUGGAUCAAAAUGUUCAUAA